GGCUGGAGCGGGGCCGGAGCGGGGCUGAGCGGGCGGCAGGACACCACGAGAUGUUUGCUGUCUGCCCGGCAAACGCCCCAUUCCGGGGAGGGCCAGCGUCGGGCACGGCCAUCCCAGGGGCGGGACAUGGGCCGGACUCCAACUCCAACUUCGUGGGAGAGGUGUGUGACAGCAAUGAGAACUGGAGCCAGCCAGCGCCGGGGUCCCCGCCGGAGGAGGGCUCCAGCCGGAGCGAAAACACCACAAAUCCGUCUGAUAAUCUGCUGUUAUUAAUGCAGAGACAGAUGGUCCAGGGCCGGCUUAGGGACACCGCCCCGGGCCUGGGCGACAUGCACCCCGAGCAGGGGGAGCGCAGCCCCCCCGAGGGAGCGGAGGUCAGCGGGGCAGGGGGACAAAGCUGCGCCGAGGAGGCGGCCGGGGGAUGUGUCAAAGCCCCGAGCUCCCCUGCAGAGGACAACGGCUACGCCAGCAGCUCCCUCAGCAUCGACAGCCCCGACAGCACCUGCAGCACCACCUGGGACCCUCCUGCCUCUGCCCCCCCGAGCCAGGCCCCCCCUGAGGCUGGACCGGCUGAGCCUGAGCUGGGCACCCUGUUCCCAGUGCUGGCAGAGGCUGUGCAGCACCUCCAGGACAAGGAGCGCUUCAAGGAGCAGGAGAAGGAGAAGCACCACAUCCAGCUGGUGAUGUACCGGCUGGCCCUGCUGCGCUGGAUCCACGGCCUGCAGCAGAAAGUUGUGGACCAGCAGAACCGGUUGCAGGAGAGUUUCGACACCAUCCUGGAUAAUCGCAAGGAGCUCAUCCGCUGCAUGCAGCAGGGCCCAGCCUGCAUCGCUGCUGCAGCCACUCCUGGCCCCUGAGGUGCCACCAGUGCAGCCCAGCCCUCACCCUCUGGAUGGUGUGGCGUUGGAUGGUGGCGUCUCCAUCCUGUGCCAAGUGCUCACCAGGCUCCUGGGGCCCACCCUGCCCUUCCCAUCUCUCUCCAACGCAGCCAAGAGUCCCCAAAGCGUUCAUCUCCAUUAUCCCUCUGCACUGGAAUUUGUGUUGUCCUGCACCCAGGUCUGGGAUGGCACUGGGGUGGCUCAACCUCAGGACCUUGGGGUUUGCUGAGCCCAAGGUGACCAGACUGUUCUUUAAACCUUUAAACCUCUAGUCCAUUGUUGAGCCUGGCUUA